AUGAUCGAUGUCAACAGGUUCUUCACCUUAGAGCUGAGGCCGCACUUCAGCCUGGCCUCAGAGAGCGACCCCGCCGACCCGGACGACGUGGACGAGGACCCUGAAGGCGGCCUCUCGCAGCCUCACCACAGCCGCAGAGCUUCUGUGGCUCAGAACGAAGACUCCACGGCUCCAAACGAAGACACCGUGGUCACCUCCGGGGUCAGCACGCUCAGCUCCACCGUGUCCCACGAGUCUCACGCCGCACAGAGGUCUGUGACGCUGCAGCUGGGACGGAUGAAGCUGGAGACCAACAGGUUGUUGGAGCAGCUGUUGGAGAAGGAGCGAGAGUACCAGGCCAUUCUUCAACAAGUGCUGGACGAGAGAGAGCAGGAGAUCCGGCUCCUGAAGCUGAGAUCGGAGCCCACAGCCGGGACCGAGGAGCCUCACCACAGAGCGGCCUGA